CUGGCUGAUGAGGCAACCUUACUGGGCACUAGUAGAAAUGGAGGGAGGGGAAAAUCUGGAGCUGCAGUCAGUUUUGGGAAACUUAGCCUUAACCAGGUUCUGCUAAGCGCCAGCGAGAAGCGUGGAAGUCCAGGAUGGUUUAACUGUCAAGAGGAAGUAAGAAACCAGAGGAGAAAAAAAAGAAGAGGACUAACUCAUGGCUGAACUGCUUUCAGAUAAGGGAUCUCUGCUGCAGGCCUGACACCCAGGUGUGACCAGAGUCAGCGGGGGUUCCAAUGGCUGCUGCAAAUGACGACCCACACCUGGGCAGUGGCCCAUCUGACGACUCAGAGAUCCUCCUGGAUGACUCUGACUCGGGUAGUGUGCUUUCAGACGACUCCGUGCUUCCCAUCUAUGAAAGGGACGGAAAAUCAACAGAGCCGGCUAAAACAUUGUACGAGGCCUGUUCCAAGAAUGACACUGCAUCCCUGCGCAGCAUCAUGGAGAGAGGAGUCACAAAAGAUGAGGUCAUGGAGCUAGACAUCAAUGGCAGGAAUGGGCUGAUGCUGGCUGUGUCCAAGGGUUUUGUGGACAUCGUCGCCUUGCUUCACACAUGCCCAUUAAUAGACAUCAACCACCAAGACAAUGAUGGCAACACUGCUGUCAUGAUUGCAGCCCAAGCAGGCUUCAUCACCAUCCUGAACUAUAUCCUUAACUACUACCCUUGUGUGGACACUGAGAUCAGGGACCCCCGUGGGUUCACAGCUCUCAUCAAGGCAGGCCUACAAGGCAGAGAAGAGUGUGUCUCCGCAUUGCUAAUGCAUGGUGCAGAUAUCAAUGCAGUCGACCUCGUCCAGGGGAAAGGUCUAAAGGACUGGGUUCUUAGGACAGGAAGGUUUGAGACUCUGAACAGACUGCGUCGCCUGCAAACUCGUCCUAUUGCAGAACAGUUCUGUGAAAGCUACAUUCCUGAGUGGCCUGAGCUAAAGCUACUGGUGGCAAAGGCCACUGCAGCCAAAACAGCAGGUCAGAAGCUGAGGCAGCGCUUAAAAGACAGUCUUAGUUUCAGCUUCCCACAUGACCCCCAAGACAAUGGGGUCAUGGACCACAUGGUGCGGAUGACUACAAGCAUCCACAGCCCCUUGAUAGCUACUGGUUGCCGUCCACUCUGUCCCACCAGCCCCCCAGAGAUUGGCAAGCGACGAUUUGCUGUACCGGAACUGCUUGACAAGCACAGCAGCAAGGAACUGGAGGAGAGCAUGGUGUCUCACAGUAAUGGCUCCAUCACUUCAGCUUCACCUGUGUCGGCCACCUCUGUAUCACUGACCUCUUGCUGCCAAGACUCAGAGCGCAGGCAAAGCUCACCAACAGGUGGCAUGAAAAGUUUCAUCCCCCGCAGCAUGGCACACAGAAAUAGCAUCUUCCCCUCAGGCUGCAUUCCCAAAAUUGAAGUUACAAAAUCUGGGGAGCGCACUCCAAAGAAGGAGAAAAAGAACAAAAGGCAAAAGGGUUACCUGGAACCUCCUGUCUGGAAGUACAAGGAAGCCAAGGAGGAAAAAAAGAGAGAGAAGAAAAAGCAAGAAAAGGAAAAAGAGGAACAGAAAAAAUCCAAGGGGUCCAAACGUUCAUGAAGUGAAAACGCCCAUUUUUUUCUUUCUAGCAAAACAGUUCUGAAGUGAGCAGCUGACAAGGGAAACACAUGGGUGAACCUUGAUCUGGAAAAUGCACUGGCUGGCUUUUUUCAGCAUCUUUGUACAAGCUGAAAAAUUAUGCUAACCAAAUAGAAUCUGGUUUUCCAGAGACUGUGGUUUACUGGUUUCCUGUCUGAAAGGGUGAAUUGUUUUUUUGAGGAUGCAAUUACACUGACUGCACACACCUGCGAUGGUGUUAUUUUUCUCUAUAAAAGGAUUUUACCCAUCUUCAUUUCAUGAACAACUUCUCAGUAGCGUGCCAUUGUGGUAUUUCACUGCAAUAUAACCAAAUAGCCCAUAGCCAACUGUAUGUGAUCAGAUGCCUUCAGGGAAUGUAUCAAAGUCACAUUUAAUCAAAGACUGUGAAAGGCAAAAAAAAAACCCCCCCAAAAAAAAAACAAUUUCAGCUACAAAUUAAAGGAAAAAAUCAGUGAGAAAUGCUCCAUCAUGGAAUAAUUAUGAUGACUCGGAACACUGAUUUCUAUCCCCUCUUAGACCUGAAAUAUACUCCCUUACAGACUUGUGCAUGGCAGCUGCAGAAACCAUGAACAAGUAGCUGCUCUUAUUAUUUUACUUUCUCUUCUGCUUGAAGGAAGAAUGCACAGUUUGUGCAGUAGCAGUAUUACAACAAACCAACUACUACAGAUGUUUUUUAGUUUGUGCCGUAUGGAAAGCACAAGUGUGUUAUCUAUGGUUCAGUUCCAUUAAGCGUCUCAGUGAGCCAUGACAAGGACCCAGCAUCCCCUGAGUGGAGGUUUAAUACACUAUUAAUGUCUCUGAAAAAGGUAUACUGGAGGCAUAUGUGAACAUCUGCAAGGACUCUCCCUGAUAAUCAAAGCAGUCACUGCAACCUUGCAGAUUCCAAAAGUAUCAAAUGUGUACAGAGACAAGUAACCCCAAGCCAUGCCUGCAAAAUUCAGGUUUUCCUUUAAUUUGUCAUCUUUUCUGUGAUUCUUUUGCUCUUUUUUGUGUUUUGCUGUGUCACGCAAAUGAUGUGAGUGUGAUACUAUAAAAGGAACAGAGCCAUCUCUGAAGCAUCUUCUUUCAUACUGGAAAACAAUGCUCAGUGGGAUGCAAAUAGAAAUCUUCAGCCUGCUGCUUCAUAUUGUUUGUUUCAUCGAUUAUUAUUUGAAAACGAGUACCGUUGCUAUUCAGGGAAAUAUACAAUAAGCAUAUUAUUAUCAUCAGAAUAACAAACUGCAUAUUCAAGAACAGAAACCUGUUGUGGACUAUAGCUCAAUUUUGGGAUUUUUUUAAUUAUUCUCUUUAUAGAUAAACGAACUAAAAUAAUAAAUAAUAAAUCAUGCAUUUAACUGCAAUAAAUAUCCCAAAUACAGCUAAAUAUGUUUAAUUGUGUUCUCUGAAAACUAUAUAUAAUUAGAUACAUUGUGGUGAAAAUUUAGACAAUCAUUUCUGGGGUCAUUUAAAGUCAAAACAAGAGAUGCAAAAAGCUCAGGUCUUCAACAUCUUUAUAAAGUCUGUAAAACUGAA